GACCAAUGGUGACGCAGAACUCUCCUCUAGCGCGAAAUUCAGUCAUUGAGUUUCGCGGGAAAGAAAAGCUACGGUAACUAACGCAGCUUACCACCAUCACAUAAGAUCAAUAGCUUACCAACUUUGCAGGCUAACAAAUUCACAUAAAUACAUUUUAGAAUAAUCAGAUCGGCUCUCACAGAAGCACAGGGAUGCUUUUUCGUUCAAUUGUUGACAAUCGUCUCGGCAGACAACGGCAGAAUGCGUUACCUGCACAUCCCUGGACCAAAUACCCUCUGAGCUCAUUUCUGGAAGGCUAUCAGUGUGUUGGUCUUGAUGAACAUAUCUCCUAUGGCAACCUUGGUGAUUCCGUGCCCCCGUUUGGAUUAUCCUUCUCCUCUGCAAAGGACAUUCAGGAUGUUCUGGCUGUGGCAAAUGAAGAAGGCAUUGUUAGGAUUUACAACACAGAGGGACGAGGAGACGGACUUAUGAAAGAAUGGCUGGCUCAUGAGAAUGCCGUCUUUGACAUCGCCUGGGUGCCUGGAGAGUCGCAGUUGGUGACUGCUGCAGGUGACCAAAUGGCCCGGUUGUGGGAUGUGAAGUCAGGCGAGCUGUUAGGCAGCUUCAAGGGCCACGUCUGCAGCCUCAAAUCUGUUGCAUUCACUUCAGAUGACAAAGCUGUGUUUUCUACUGGUGCGAGAGAUGGAAAUAUUUUGGUGUGGGAUACCAGAUGUAGCAAAAAAGAUGGUUUCUACAAACCAGUGAAACAAAUCCAGGGUGCUCAUAAAAAAGCAGAGACAAACUCUGCAUCGAAACCAAAGAAGAGACGACUCAGCACGCGCGGCAUGGGCCCCAGUGUGGACACACUGCAGAGUGUGACCGUGGUUUUAUUUCAAGAUCAGCACACGCUCAUCUCCUCGGGAGCAGUUGAUGGAUUCAUUAAGAUGUGGGACCUGAGGAAAAACUACACUGCACACCAUCAUGAACCUUUGGCCCUGCAGACGUACCCGUACCCCGGUUCUUCUAUGCGCGUUCGUCUUGGAUAUUCUGGUCUCGUCCUGGACUCCACAAGAUCCAACGUCAUGUGCAACUGCACCGAUGACAACAUUUACAUGUUCAAUGUCAGUGGAAUCAAAACUACACCAGAGGCAGUGUUCAGUGGCCACCAAAACUCAUCUUUUUACAUCAAGUCCACAAUUUGCCCAAAUGACCAAUUCUUGGCCAGUGGUUCAAGUGAUAACCACACAUACAUCUGGAAGAUCUCUGAUCCUACGCACCCUCCCAUGACUCUUCAAGGUCACAGUCAGGAAGUGACAUCUGUUGCAUGGUGUCCAACAGACUUCACAAAGCUCGCUUCGUGCUCUGAUGACCACACUGUACGUAUCUGGCGGCUUCAUCGUGAAAUGGACGGAGCGCCGUCCUCGGUGGGAGAGGCCAAUCUCGUUGGCUGGGCACGUCCUAAGAGUCCACACAAACUUUCAAACCGCCCUGAGUCAACCCCUGCUAAAGACCAGAGGGCCAAGAGCAUUGGAGGGCUGGCCUCUCCGCGCCUCGCUGCCUGUGCUCCCAGUAUGGCCGCCUCACCUCUAUCCUCUUGCACCACGUCACCUGUCCCUUCUCAGCAAGCCAAAGCCGCUAGUUAUCAGAAAACGCCACUUUCCAUCAAAUCAUGGCUCUCCCCGAGACAAGGAUCUCUAAGCCAGAAGAGCCCUCUGCAGUGUAAAGUUCUGAGUUCGUGUUCUCAGAGUUCAGUGGGUUCCACUUCUACCACGGCACCACGAGCCAAACGCAGGCUGGAGACGGCCAACGGCUCAUCUGAUGAAUGUGAGGGCGCAAAGCCGUUCGACUGUGUCUCAGAACUCUCCCCUGUUGCCAAAAGGAGCAGGGCCCAGUCUGGCAUUUCCCGCCCAACUCAAGAGGGUCUGCUACAGACUGACAAUCAUAUUGAGGAAGGACGAGUAUCAUCAAGACAGAUUGGCAAAGAGAACUACUGCCCCGGAGUGACAGACUGGCUGUCAGUGAUGAGCCAAAAGAUGAGAGGAAGCCCGCGUAGGCCACGAAGCCCCGCUGCUGCAAAGAAACAAGGAGGCAAGGUGCCAGCUUCCCCGACUUUGAGCUCGCUGCAGAACAUGAAAAAAAUCUCCUCCUAUUUCACGAGGAGACCCACAGAAUGACCCAUCAGUAUCUCUUAGUUUCUGUUUGUAACAAUGUUAACUGUGUUGUAGGUUAUUGUAACGGGUGCCAACAAACUGCUUCGAACUGCAUAAUUGAGCACUGAUUAAUUUUCCUUAACAUAACAUUGAACUUUUUCAUAUUUAUUGGGGCAUAGUGCCUCUUCACCGUUUUUGAUGCUUGUGCAGUCACUGAUUGACAAGUUUGUAGUGGAAUUUUUCUCUGAGUAUUGGUGAUUCUUUUAUUCUAAUGUGCUAUGCUUAGCAACUGCGUUUGACAGAACUUACUCAAUUUUAUUCGAUUGUUUCUGCACAAUUUUUUAAAAUGUUUUUAUACAUUGAAAUGGUCCAUGAACGAUGAAAUUUAAAAUACUAAUUUACUCUCUUCUUUUCUGUCAUCGAUGAACAUACGAUACUCAUUCUUGAAGCACAUCAGCUGUGAUCUGCUAACCAUUUUUUCUUGUUCUUGAGGUAAUGCUCCAAUUGUUAAUAUGUACAAAAUAGCAAGUGGUUGUUGUAUCGUUUGUUUGUGAUGUACAGCUGAGUGGGCAGAUUUUUUAUUAAAAUGGAAAAAAACGUAUAACUGUAAA